AUGGCAGCCGGUGCAGGUCUCUGCCUCAAGCUGUUACAAUGGUUCAACAGGGGCGUGCAGUUCUGCUGCGCGGGGCUCGUCCUCGCACUCAACUCGUACUUCCUCGCGGCCAUGUCGAACCACAGCAUCACGAUACCCACCAACCUGCGCGCCGUUGAGGGUAUUUCGGGCGUGGCCGUCUUGUAUACCGCCAUCGGCCUCCUCCUGCUCUGCUGUCUCGCCGGCUUCACCCUGACCUCGUUCAUCGCUAUCGUCCUGGACAUCGCCUUCAUCGGCGCCUUCAUCUACGUUGCGACCGUGAAUAAGGACGGUGCCAGCUCCUGCUCUGGCAGCAACGUGAAUACCGUCUUUGGAAGUGGCGAUGCCAAUGCCAACAUCCAGUCCCCCAAGGACGGUGGCGUCCCACUGGCCAAGUACAUGACGAUCUGCCGGAUGGAGUCGGCAAUUCUCGCAGUGUCCAUUGUCGCCAUCGUCUUCUUCAUCGUCUCAGCCGUAACAGAGCUCGCCCUGGGCCGCCACCGCAAGAAGGAGCAGCGCUUCGGGCCCUCGCCGGCCAACAACUACACGUCGGGCUACGGCUCCCGGAAGCGCGGCCUCUUCGGCCUGCGCCGCAACAAGCGCGCCGACACGGACAACCUCGCCGACCCCAACGCCCUGCCCAUGCACACCAGCCCGGACCAGGUCCGCACCAGCUACAACACCGAGGCCACGCGCGUCGGCGAGGGCUCGCCCUACGCCAAGUACGGCGAGGCCGGCUACAACGAGCACGGCACCGCCACCCACGCCAACACGGGCCGCUACGGCGACGGCACUUACAACGUGUAA